GCCACUUCUAAACAAUGGCGGAUGGCUCUAGAAACUACCGCGGCAAAAUCAAAGAUGUACCUAGAUCUGUACCUAGACCACGGAGAUUUACUCCUUAUUCGGUAAAAUAGUUUACAAAAUCAUAGCGUAAUUAUUUAAUUUAGUGGGCGCUAAAUCAGUAAGCUUUUGUGUACACAUUCUUUUCUAGUUCUAGCAUAUGUUUAUUUUAACUGGGGGGCGUCCAUUAAUUUAUAUUUAAUAAAUUAAUUACUAUUACCUCCACAAAAUAGGGGGGUGGGGUGGAAAUGUUUGACAUGUGUUGACAAGGAGGGGGGGGGGGGUUUAGAUUAGUUGACGUCAACAUUCAUGUUUUCUUUUUAAAAUUUUAAUCUUAAAAAUUGACUGUUAUUACAUUAAUUUAAAAACAUUAAAAAAAAAAUGAGUGUAAAUUAAAUUAUUAUAGUCACAAUUAAUUUAUAUUUAAUAAAUUAAUUACUAUUACCUCCACAAAAUAGGGGGGUGGGGUGGAAAUGUUUGACAUGUGUUGACAAGGAGGGGGGGGGGGUUUAGAUUAGUUGACGUCAACAUUCAUGUUUUCUCUUUAAAAUUUUAAUCUUAAAAAUUGACUGUUAUUACAUUAAUUUAAAAACAUUAAAAAAGAAAUGAGUGUAAAUUAAAUUAUUAUAGUCACAGUCAUAGACUCAUAGAUCUAUAAUUUUUAGGGUUAACAAUAUAAAUAUAAGUCAGAUUUAUUUGAAUUUGUCUGUCUAGUGUCUGUUCAUUGCAGAUGGAUGGUCAGAAUGUUAGCACACUUUGUUAGUGCAAGAGAUGUCAAAAGUUGGCCUCUCUUCACCUGUAGAUUCUGUUUGUUGCAAAUUACUAACUAGAGCAGUUUGUUUGUAAUCAUGUAUCUUUCCAGUGUCAUGUGCAGUCAAGAUAAAUGAUAUUGAUAGAGUAGGAAUACGAUAUUUUGAGAAUUAGGGGAAAGUAAAGUGAAAAAUAAUAAUAAUAACAUCACUGCUUGAACAGAUAGUGAUAGUGAUAGCCUAUGCAAAAUCAUUCAAAAUGCAAAAUCUGUAGACUACAGUGUAGUAAAUUAGUAAAUUUUGCCUGUGUUGAGUGUAUAGUAUGUAGGCUUAAAUAAAGAAUCGACAUGUGAAGACUUGGACAUCCUAAUAGUUCACAGGCAUGUGAGAAAUAUUUAGUAGUCAACACCUAUAUUAUAUUCUCUAAAAUAUCCGCUCAGGUCAUGACAAGUUAUAAUAGUAACAGAACACUACAGUGAUAUCAGUACCAGCAGAGAGAAAGGUUACAAUUAGGGGUGUGCCGGAUCCGUUUUUUCCAACCGGAUCCGGAUUUUCUUAUGCGAAAUCCGCCGGAUUCGGAUCCGGAUUCCGGAAUAAUCCGGAUUCCGGUUUCUCCCGGAUUCCGGAUUUUGGUACUAUUGGUAGAUACUUCGGUAAGUCAAGGUGGACUACUACUUUUUGUGUAUGGGAAUUCGCAAUCGGCGCCAAAAAAUCCGAGUUUUUAAUUUUCCGAUGUGUGUGUCUAUUUAUUAUUAAAUUAGUACUUUCGAUAUAUAUUUGAGUUCCGUUCCAUUUGGAUAAGUGUCUUACGAGAGACGCCAUGUUUCUACGCGUUCGCAGCAGGUCAUGCAGCUCGCUCAACCUAAUUUCGCCAUGGGGUUGGCCACGCCCCCCUUUUUAAUGGCGGAAGUUGACGAUACUUAGGAAAUAUUAAUUUAUUAUCACUAUUUACAUCAAAAUAAUUGAUAACUUGUGUUUCAGAAUGCAUUUAAAGACAUUUAAACUGGAAUGUUUUAAUUUGAGCUUUAACAACCCGGUAGAAUCCAUAUUAUAAAUGAUCAGAAUUUACCGUGUGCAACACGUUGUCAUUGGCAACCAUUCACAGCCACUUGCAUAACUGUAUCGUAGUACUACCUCAGAGUUUCAUUCAUAAGAGUUUGCCGUGUGCAAAAACUAUUAAACCAUUGGUCAGGGAAAGCUUUAAUUAAUUAUUCAUGUGCCAAAGUUGAAAGUUUAAACUAAGUCUAAACAGUAUUUUAGUGAUAAGGCAGGGAAUGCGUUGCCUUAUAUAAACUAUAUAGUCAUUGCGCAUGACGGGAUUGGUGGAAUGAGAUCACAGAAUGUGGAGAUGCAGUCCAUGUUAAAAAAUGACAAACCAAGUCGUACUUUAAAAAUUCAUAACUUUAAAACUACAACAGCUAAAAAUAUGAUUUUGGUGUUAUAAUUCUUUAAAAAAUUACAUCUUUUCAACUAUGCCAUUGGUUUAUUUUUACAAAAAGUUUAAAUUUUCUUAUCAAAGUCCCUACACUAUUGGCCACUAUUAGCGGUGCUGACUCUAGCCUCUGGUAUGUACGGAAUAUUAAACAUUAAACAAGCUCAACGCUCGAAACAAUCGAUUAAUGUAUCGUGAUCGUGUGGAAUUCGGGAAAGAGAAUUACUUUUAUUUCAGAUUAUGAUCCGGUGAGUCACAAAAUCUGGCAAAUUCCGAAAUCCGGUAUAUUCCGGAAUCCGGUUGUUCCGGAUACAUGUAAAUCCGGCGGAACCGGAUUUCACCGGAUAGUGCAAAAUCCGGCGGAACCGGAUUCCGGACCGGAUUCCGGCACACCCCUAGUUACAAUUAUUUAAGAAAAAUGAAAUUUAAACAUGUGUAACAUUUAAUGCUCUGAUUUUCAUACAGUCGUCUGGCUAAUGAGCCAUUUAUCACCAAUGACCAAUGAUGUAUUAUUGUAUGAUGCUAUUUCAGAGCAGCUAGGAAUCUAAUUGCCAUUCACAUGUCAGCUUCAGUUUACUACCAUGUUUGUGAGAAGACAGGUUGCUGUUACAGAAAAAUCUCAAAACUUUUUUUCCUUUUUCUUUAUUCAUUUCCAAACUUUAGAAGUUGACCAUGUCUUUUCAAGCUCCUUAAAAGUUUAUGAGCAAGUUUAAUUAUGAAACUUUCUAUCUGUUGGAAUAGAUGCAGAAAUUUAUGUUCCUAUGUUUGAUUUUUUUUUUCUUGUUUCUUUUUUUCAAAAUAUAAAGAAUUAAGUUGGAAACUUCCAAAUAUUUUCCUUACAUGCAUUGUGUUAAUUAAUGAGGUGCAUUUAAUGGUACAUGAUGUAACUUUCAGAAAAAUAAUUUCUUUUUGCAUUCAAUAUAAAUGAAAAAUGCCAUUAAUUGUGCCUAAUAAACUAUGCAUUAGUAUAAAUGGUUUUGGCCUAAAGUCGGUAGACUGUAAAACAACAGCAUUUGUAAAAUAUAAUAUAUGAAGCAUAGCAGUAAAAAAAUAAAUAAUUAUCUGUUGUAGCAUGAAAAAGAUGUAAUAUUGAGUUUGCAUCUUUUUUGUUGAUUUCCACUGAAAAAUGCUUAAUGCUUUGAUUGAAAGAUAUUUUUUAUUUCAAACUAAUUAUUUACAGUGUUUACUUUUCUAAGGAAAACCUUUAAAAACUGCUUAGAACGCAGAUGAAAAAAUACAGACAAAAUAAUGCAACUGACAUAACAUGACUGUGACAGAUAUAAUGUGUCUGAAUGCAAGCCAUAAAAAUAGAAGAACAAUAAUGUCAAUUCUUUUACAGAAUUACAACUACUUCAUUGUAGCAGUUAAAUGAACAUAAAUAAACAUACAUAACAAUGUUUUAAUGUGUAUCCAUCAUAUGACAUUGACUAUGGCAAUGAAAAUUGUUAGUCUAUAUUUAUUAGAUGUAAAUACUAUAAAAUUCAACAAGAUUUCUAUUUAUUAAAAUGUGCGGACAUGUACAUGUUCUUAAUUCAAGAUGGCCACCAGGUCAUACGUCACACAAAACAAAAAUACUCAAAAUGACUCCAUGCAUGAAAUAUAAAACCAAAUUUUAUGCAAUUUAAUUUUUGGAUGUUGUGUCCUGGUUUUUACAUGGAAUUUACCUUGCUAUAUUGUUUAUCACAAAAAUUUGGGACUGAUGAUGGUUAUUUUGUUUGAUUUUUUAAAUAAAAAAAGUUAAAUACACUUUUUUCUUGUUGAAAAUCAUAAAAAAAAUUUUUUAUCUCAUAUAUUUAAAAAAAAAAAGAAAGGAUGUCAAAUGGAACUAUUUUCUCAUCCCUUAGUCAGAAAAUGGCAGUGAAGUUCCAGAUUCAGCAGUUUCAAAACAUUAUUGAAAUUCCUAUAUUAAACUUAGCAGCAAUUAAGAGUUGAUCCAAAGUAUAAAAAAUAUUUUUUUUCCCAGAGUAUAACAAUAUCCUUCACUGAAUCAAGAUUAACUUUUAAUUCAUAGGUUACUCAGAAGGAAGCUGGACAAACAUAUGAUAAGAUUCUUGCCACUAUUUAUGGACAUGUCGUAGGUGAUGCCAUUGGUCAUCUUACGGAAACAUUGUCCAAGGAACAAGCUUCUAAGGUUGGCUUUAAAAUUCUACAAACUGUUGUAAAAUUUGUUACUUUUAUCAAAUUGAACAUUAUUUAUAAGCAAUAUAAUGAAAGUUAAGAAUCUAGGAGAAAAUCAUUUGGCUGAAUUCAUAUUUUAAAUUAAAUUGUAAAAGUGUUAAGUUAAGCAUAAAAAAUGUACCUGUUUUAAAUUUUUUUAAAGGGUUAAAAUUAAAAGUAUAUGACUAUAUAUAUAUGUAUAUAUAGAAAUUUAUUGUAAAAAUGUAAAUUGCUAUUCCCUGCGGAUAGGAUUGUAUAUUGUAGGUCUAAUGUUAAUUGCUUGUUUGUUGAAUAUCCCUAAGAGUAACUACAAUUGUAAUAUUUUAAACCUUUUUAAAUAAAUUUAUUUUAAAAAAAAAAAUGAUAUUUUGGAUGUAUUAAAUUAUAGGCUUUUAUGUAAUUUGAUUCAGUUAAUAAAUUGGUUUGAUUUAACACAAUUUUUUUUUUUUCAAUUUAAGGACUUUUUGUGUGUGCAUCAUACCGCACCAAAGAAUUAAUGGACAUUUUUUAAGUUAGGAUGUGAACAUUUCUUUUCAACUGACAAUUUUAAAAUAAAUUUUUUAUCUUUACUAUAAAAUUUGUAAAAAAAUUAAGAUAACAAAGCAUAUUGAUAAAAUUUAAUAGAUUUUAAAAAAAGUUACUUCUCCCUUAAGAAAUAUACAAAAGGUAGAGGAAAAUCUGAAGUGGACAACACAAAAAAAACCAGACGAUUUGGCCAAAGAUCCUUCAAAAUUCAAAAUAGAAUAUGUCUAUCAGUUUCUUUCAACCACAUAACUUUACAACAACCUAAGAGCAUUUGUCUCUGUGUUUCUUUGCUGUUGAAUGUUUUUUGGUUGAAACAUACACUUUUUAUGUGGUCCUAUUCAGGUUUCCUCUACCCUUUGUAUAUUUCUUAUUGCUUCAACUUGAACACAAUCCUCACUGUAAUUCUCUUACUAUUCACAUAAAAUGGUAUUUGCAAUCAGUAGGAUUUUGAAAAGCUGUACAAGAAUUUGUGAUUUAAAAAUGAGUACAGACAGAUAUCAGUAAAACUUAAUAUGUUUAAUGUCAUCCAUAGGUAUAUGGCUCAGUGUCCAAGGAACUGGAGCUUGUUCACAAAAAGUUGCUGAAUGAUACAGUCCGUAGGAAAUGGUCACUUGAAGAUUGGACAGAAGAAUCUGAUAUGAUUCUUAUUAUUUUAGAGUCUUUAGUGUAUUGUAAAGGUCAGGUAAGUUCAACUGAUCUAUAUUGUGAUGGCUUCUUGGCAUACCCCAUCUCUGUGACACAAUGAUCCUUAAUCAUUGGCACCCUAAUAGUUUCCUAUAAAAUAAAAAUCACUGGAUGGAGAUGAUGAGAGGCGAAAAAAGUUUGUUUUAAAUUAUUUGCUCUGGAUCUAAUAACUAAGUCUGAAACUGCUUUGUAUUAAAGUGUAGCACCACUGCUGCUGCAUUAAUAUGCUUACUCUGUAUUUUUGCCCCCCCCCCCAAAAAAAUACUCAAAAUAUUUAUAUAUUGUCACAAAAGCCUUGUAUUUUACUAUUUUAAUUAUUUUUUAAACGCAUUAUUAAUUCAGCUGCAAUAGGAAACUAAUGUAAUUAAAAAUUGUGUGUUAUUGAUGAACUUUUAAAUUUAGAUAAAUAUUUUUGUUACUUUGAUAUGUGCAAUAAUUAAAAUUUUAGAAAUCUAACUAAAUUUAAAACAUUUAAAAAAAAUUAACCCCUCAGGUGGAUGUAAUUGACCUUGCUAAACGUUUAAUGGACUGGUGUGAGCGAGGUUUUCCAGAGCUUAAUGAUGUAUGUGGUCAUGGAUUGGAUUCUUACACAAAAUCUGUCAUUACACAUCCACAGUUUUCAGAGGCGCCAAAAGAUGUACAGUAUUUUUUUAUCAAUUAUUUUCUGUAAUUUAUAAUUAAAAAUGUCAAAUAAUAAUUUCAUUUUUUCCCCUUACUACUUAAAUUCUAUUCUUAUAGAUUAAUCUAUAGUCUACACAUCUAUAAUAAACAAUCCAAAAAUCAUAAAAAAGAAGGAAAAAAGAUUUGCCUUUAAAAAUAAUAAAUAAAGAGAUAUAUUUGCUGUGAGAAUUGUGCGACUAAACUAUUAAGUAUUACUAUUAGUACGUUAGUUUCUUUAACAACCAUCUGGUUUAAAGGCUUGGAUCAAGGGGUCCAACUUAUUUUAAAUUAAACCAUCAUUUCACGCAAAUAAUUUAAUACCUAAGAAUCUAUAGAUUCCUCUCUGAAUUAAUUGUUUGACAAGUUUACAAAUUAAUCUGUGAAAUUUAUACCAACAAAUUCAUGUGUAGUACUUUUGACUUAGCAUUCCUGAAAUAAAGUUCACAUUUUAUACAUUUGCAGGCAGCUGAGAUAUGCUGGAGGCAGAGCCCUAAACAGUUGGCUGCUGGAAACAGUGCUGUGACACGCAGCACUGUGCUUGGCCUUCAUUACUUCACUGCACAUGCUAAGGUUAUUCAAAAUACUGUGGAGGUGUGUUCUGUUACACACUCUGAUCCCAGGUAGGUGGGGGACUGCUAAGUUGAAUUUAAGUUAUUAUAACUAUAGUCAUGUCAUGUUAUUUAUCAAGUAAUGAAUACUGAAGAUACAAAUGAUGAUCUGAACCAUAAAAAAAGAUUAUCAAAGAUUAACUAAAUUGUAGAUCAGGCAUGAUAUCUUUAAAAAUGCCAAGUUACCUGCUGUAUAAAAAAGUUCUCAAAGUACUGUCUUCCUGAUAGUUUUAACAUUGAAAAACAAGCAGUACUUAUGGUAUUUAAGAUGAACAUCUUACUUUUCAAGACAAAAUUAAAGACAUACAUUAUUUUUUUCAACUAUAAUUAAAUGUAUUUUUUAGAAUUCUAGCAACAUUUUAACCCUCAAACUGUGCCAUGCAUCAUUCUGUAGUGUGGGAGCGUUUCAGAGCUUUUUGAGUGCCUUUUGAAAUUGCAUUAAAUGACAUAGAAAUAUUGAUACAAGACCUCAAUAAGUGAUAUUUUUAGAAAGGUAAAUGGAUGGGGAUAAAGUUGGCUAUAUUGCCCACCCCGUAAAAAAAUUUUUGCUCAGUGUCCUUGACCUUGGAAUGCUCAAGAAAAAAAAAUUGACAGAAUGUCUUGCUUUCAAGUGCUCAUAACAUCAUUUUUAUAGAUACAAUUAAAAAAAUAAUUUUAAAUGUUGUAUCUUUCAGAAAAUGUAUAGUUUGCUAAGGUUUUGAUUACAAUUAAACCUCUGAAAGCAAUUUUAGUAAUUUUGGAUCAUUUAUUAUUGAAAAAAAUAAGAAACAAGGACCACUGCUAAAACCAAGUGCAACAUACAAAAUCUCUGGCAAAAUAGUUAUUAUUGACUAGUAAACAUUUAAAAAGGAGCUGUGGAACUGAUUUUGAUUGUUUAACUCUUUCGAUGCGGAACAACGCACACUGCGUUCUUCCGCCGUUCUCAAAAGCACGGACCAACGCACUGUGCGUUGUUUCAAUAUCAUGUUUCUUUCUUUGCUAUUUCUCGGUUAAACUUUUUGAGAGCUAUUUUUAAAUAAGACUUUUACAUAGAAGAGUGGCACUUCAUUGUUUACAAUCGAAACCAAGGCUCAUUUAUUGUCAAUUGAAGCAUUAUUUUGACGAUUUUCUUCGCGUUUUUUUUUUUACUGUUGCUAUGGCUACCCUAGGCUCUAGUAGGUAAGUUUCCUAGACGAUUAACAGUUAAAAAAGCUUUGAAAUUGUUUUAUAAUAUUUCUUUUGACAGCGAAGAUGAUUUAUAUUUAGAUACAUCGCAUGAUUCCGAUGGUAGUAGUUUUAGAGGAAUUGAGUUAUAGAUUUGAAGAUGAGGUAUGCGUAUAUCAUUGGGUUUGAGGAAAAAUGGUUUAGCAUAAAAUGUUUUCACAUUUUAUGGUUCUUUCGUAUAACUUAUUUUUUUUUAACUGUAGAAACUAGUGUACAAAUAUAUAGUCCUUUCAAUUACCUUUCAUUUGAUACUAAGUUUAGUCUUAUAAACCAAAGAAUAAUAUUUUAAAUAUUUUUUAAUCAACCCAACCUCUCACUCUUUUUCCGCUCUUUGAAAAAAAUGUACAUUUUUUCGAUGAAAAAAUUCCGCAGCGAAAGAGUUAACAAUAAAAUUUAAUAAUUCUGAUCUAUAAUCUGUAGCUUCUGUGACUAAAAUUCAGCCAGUCCUUGCCCAACCUCCAGGCCUGGCUCGAAGUCGAACAGUAGGCCUACUUCAGUAUCACUAAGACUAGUAUCAAAUUCACAAGAAGAAGAAUCUGAAGUGAGAUGUAAUGGGGAAUGUUAAAAUCAUCAUCAGUAUCACUUAAAUCCUUUCCCCUAAGAAGCUUUCAAAAAUAUUUCAAUUAGUUCUCGCACUGAAGGCCCAGCCAUGGCUUCAUCCAUUUUAGAUUUUUAAAAAACAAACCACUGAUAUAAAACUCUGAUUAAAAAGUACGUAUUGUUAAGUUAUCAAGAAACAGAUUGAUCCGGAAGUUGAUUUAAUUAUUAAUAAAAUAAAGUGCCUAUGAUUCCAGUUAAAUAUUGGAUUGGACGUUGCUAUCGGACAGUGUUUUUAAUCGGCCGUCAAAGUAAAGAAUGGGAAUAUCGGCCGAUUUCUUCGGCCGACCACAGAUCGAGGGUUAAAAUGAAAUACCGCAGUUAAGACUGUUCUGUGAUAUCUCCAAUGACGGGAAGAAUUUUUAAUUAAUAUUUUUAGAAAAUUAGGUUAGAGAAAAAUGCAGUCCUUAAUUUAAUGAAAAAGUGACAACACAAGUGAGUUUAACAUUCCCAAUUAGAUGAAAAAUUUUAUAUUUUAAAUCGCAUAUUUUUUCAUGUAUUUUUUUCAUAAAUUAUGAGUUUAAAUAUUCUAAAAUCUGCAGGUUUUGAAUUCUAUAUACGCUUUAAUGUUCCGUUUCCACUUUCUCGUUUGUAGCAAAACAAAUAGUGCUUAAAACCUAUGGCACCAUUCAACCUAUCUCUAAAUAUCUUCUUAACUCAUCAUUUAGAUUUGAUUGAUCAUCUGAAAUUUUAUAUAAAAGUAACUAAAUGUUUUUGAAGGUGUAAAGCGUCCUGUGUUGCUGUUACAACAGCUAUAUCACUCAUGUUACAAAAAAAACAUGUUAAAAAGAAUGGACUUUUUGACAUGGAUGAAAUCAUAGACGAGAGCUACAGAUAUGCUUCAAACUGUUUACUGGGCUGUCCAGUUGAAGAGGUAAGAGAUUGUUCUUCUAAUACUAACAUAGUUAUCCUGGUUGAAUUACUGUACAAAUUUAAUGUAAUAGAUUAUCUAUUGAAUCAAUGUUUUUAAUUUUUUCCUUCUGAAAUCCAAUGCAAAAUUUUGAUAAAACUUGCUUUCAGGUAUAAACUUCUUUUUUUAAACUUCAUUUUUAUUUUUGAAUCAGGUAAAACCUUAAUAAAGGUUUUGUAAAUAAAAAAGAUUGACAAGUUAUAAAGAUCUCAAAUUAAAAUAACUUGAUUUUUUUUUUUCCACUGUUCCUUAAAAAGGGGGUGGGAGAAAUCCUUUACACUGUUCCCUAAAAAGGGGAGGGAGAAAUCCUGUAAGACUUCAGCAAAUUAUUUUAUGCCAUUCCCUUACCAUUCAAUAUACCAGGAAAAACUAUCCUAUGCUCACACCUUUGGGUAGCAUGGUAUUGUCAAUUAAAGGGAAAACAUAUUUCUUCUUCAUCAUCAGUUCUGUCAAAAAUAUUAAUGUUUUGUUUUAAAAAAUACUUUUAGUAAUUGCUGAAGAAGUAGAUACGACAAUUUAUGUUAACAAUUUUUUUUACACAUUCAGGUAACAAAUAUGGUUAUCUAACUGGUCUCUGAUUUUUUUUUUUUAGAUGGCCAUUUAUCCCAAUGGUACUAAAGUGAAGAAAACAGACAUUUUCACUUAUGCAUAAAAUGGAUUAUAUGAUUUUCUUCAUUCAUAGAAAUGACACUUAGAUCAUAACUGUUCAUCUAGCUUUAAAUGUACAUGUGCAUAGUAGAUUAUAAAGUGGGUCAGCUGUUUUGUAGUCGUACUCAAAUAUACAAAUCUUAGUGUGGUGCGAUAUGAUUAGCUGAAAAGAUGCUCUUAAUUGUUGCUGAUUGUAUUUCAAAGAAAACAUGUCAUAAAAUGUACAUAAUUUUUUCAUUCAUGAAAGUUAAAGUCAUUGAAGAAAAGCUUGCAUUCCACUUCAUUGAAAGAUCUCAAGUUAGGAGAUGUAGGCAACAUGUCUUUCACAUACAAGGCUGUUGGUGCUGGUUUCUGGGCUCUUAAACAGAAAGACUUCAGAACAGCUAUUCAAGACAUUGUGAUGGAGGUAAAUAUAACACAAAGUUAUAACUUUGCAUCUAAAACACUAGUUGGCAUUUUUCUUUAAUUGGUUAACUACCAUGAGCCGCUGGGAGCGUUUCUUUCGUUAUGGCCUCUAGGCGCUGGUCGCGCCAAUGUUAGUAUCGUACUAAGUUGAGUCAAAAAUUUAUAUUAUUCCAUUCCCGUUUCGCUUCGAGAUUUUAAUUUACAGACCAGAUAUUUAUAUUCGAAACGCAUGCUAUCGGCAGAACGUUUUAAAAAACAAAAUGUUAAUUAGUUUUGAUUUAAUUUCCUAGCUAGUUACAAAACUGUACAUGUUUACCGUGGCAACAAGUGACAGGGUUUCUAAAGAUUGGAAGUGAAAAUAUUUUUCAGUUUCUGUGUUUUUUUUUGUUGCAUUUUUCUUAUUAUUGAAUAUACUAUUUGGAAACCACCAAAUAAAAGGCUAUAAAUGAUAAGGAAAUUUAAAAUUUAUACGUAAGUUGGCACAUCAACAUAUUUUGUAAUGUUUUUCUAUUGAAAAUACUAAUUUAACAAUUAAUAAUUUCCUAACAAAACUUAACUUUAGAAAUGUUUUGAGUUUAUAUUAUAGAUAAUUCAAUUACAUACAAAAUGGUUUAUUAAUUAUAAGAAUAUGUUUAUAAUUAAGAAAACUGCAGCUGAAAUUGUACAUGCACUUAAAAUUAGAAAAUAUGACCAAGAUUUAAUUCGGCCACAGCGGGUUUUUCAAUCUGGCAGUUAAUCAGGUAAUCAGCAUUAACCCUUCACGUUUAGAAAAUUGUUAGGAUUUUCUAAUUACUUUUGUUGAAUAACCCCAAGGGAAAGUAGACAACAUAAUUAACAAUGUUGUGCCUCAUUAAAAAUUAUAGUUUUCUUUAAUUUGUAUUUUAUUUCCUUAAUGAGUUGAAAACCUUUGCUCAACCAUACAGGGAGGUGAUUCAGACGCCAAUGCUGCUGUGGCUGGAGCAUUGCUGGGGUGUAAAUUGGGUUUUUCUGCUAUUCCCCAAUCCUGGAUAAAUGGUCUUCGCUACAGGAGCUGGCUAGAUGAUUUAGUAAACAGGUUAGAGAUUUUAAUUUUAACCUCAUUGUGCCAAUGCCUAUAGGGAAAACAUAAAUGAAAAUUUUUCUGUGGUUCAAAUGAAUAAAAUGAGCUGAAAGUGUUGCAGAUUCAAAUUUAAACACAAAAACUGUAGUGGUGUAGGGUCUAAAUCAGUAGCAUUUGCAGCUUCAAUAAAAAUUGAGAUGUUUUGAAGCCAUAUUGACCUAAGGAAAUAGACAGCAUUAACAGGAGCUGAUUCCAUGGUAAGCUCCUACCAUGCAGUGAAAUGAGAUCAUACAAAUUCUGAAUGUUGGAUAUCUAUAAUCCCUGGAGUUCCUUUUUUUUUUUUUUUUUUUUUUUUUUUUUUUUUUUUUUUUUUUUUUUUUUUUUUUUUUUUUUUUUUUUUUUUUUUUUUUUUUUUUUAUAUAAAGCUGACUUGAAGGAUAUUGUAAGACAGUUUUGCAGACUUACUAACCCCAAUAUUAUUGAUUUUGAAGCAUUUUGUAUAAUAAUAUUCAAAGCAAAAAAGUUACUGAUGUUGAUGGAAAUCUGUAUGAGGAAUACCUCUAUUUAGUCGGGUGCUCAUCCUACCCUCUUUUUGCAAAUGCAAGUUUGUUCUACAGCUGUGGUGGCCAACCCUUUAAAUAUUGCAAGCAUCACAAAUGAACUUAUUUGUAAAUCCUUUAUCUUUAAGCACUUUGCUUUUGUUAGUGUGUUUCUGUCUUUCUUUGUGGCUGCAAAAUCAUAGGAAGGCUAUUCGAUCCACUUCCCAUCAUCCUAUCGAGCUAAAACUUGGCACAUAGACUCAUUGCCAAUUAUAACAAAUUCUAUUAAAUUUUCAGCCCCACCCCCAACAGUCAGUUUUUCAGGGGGAAUGAAUGUUAAUGAUUUUUCCAUGGGUGGAUGUUUUGGUGUGGAGGUUAUGCAGCUGUUGCUAUGUGCUUUGUAUUUGUGAUGUAUUUGGAUAUGCAGUAAAAAUAAAAUGUAUUUUUGAAGGGGAAAAUGAAGGAAAUUUGAAAAGUUUUUCGCCAGAAAUUUACCCAUUUACAUAACCGCUUCUUAAUAAAUGUUAAAUCACGUACAAUUAAACAAAUGCAUACAAAAAUGCAUAAAAAGGAUUUAUAGAAAAAAACUUUGUUUUUAGGGGUUGUUUAAGUUCAUUCAAUUUAGGAUUCUUUGCUUAAAGCCACAUUAAUAUGUAAAGGAAAUAAGUAAAGCAUCUUUUUUUGGACUGAUAUGUAAAAAAUUAGUUUCAAAUUAUUCAUGUCAUAUCCUAAAUAACAAUUUAAAAACAAAUAUUACUAUUUAGUAACUACCAAAAUUAAAGGAUUAAUAUAACCAGAUUGUCAAGUGAAACUAAAUUUGCACUAGCAUUUCUUCUGAAUGAUGUAAAACUAAAUUCAGAUAUAUGCCAAAAUGGAUCCCUGUAUAAAUUUUAAAAGAUCCAGACCUCCCCUAACCCUACUUUUGCUAUUGAUCCUUCGUUUGCUGUUCCCCACUCCUAUCAAUUGUAUUAGCAAAUGACCAGGCACCUUUGCAUUUGCAAUAAAGCUCUACAUUAUAAUCAUAUACAUAAAUAUUAAAGAGAGAUAUUUUGAUUUAAAUCCAUGCUAUUUAUUUAUGUAUAGUGGCAUGAGUUGACGUGUUAUCAUUUGUGUACAUUGUUUUUAUCUUCUUUAUUAGGUGUAAUCAUGACCUUAGAGCGCUGUGAGCAUGCUAAAGUAGCAAUAUAAAAAUUCAAUUUAAUGACAUGUGACCAACGAAGAGAUUACUCGUGAUGCCAUUUGGAUUGGCCAUCCCUGGUCUGCUGAAACUAUAAGUCUUUAUCAAUUGAUAAGAUUUAUUACUAAGUAUAGGAGAUACAAGUGCAAGGCUUAAUGUGUUCUGAUAUAGCUGACCAAUACUGACUUUAAAGGGCUUUAUUAUCAUUUUGAAUCGGCUUAAUUUGUUUGUUUUGUUGUAGUUAGUGUUGUUGGUUUAUUUAUUUAUUUAGGCAUUUUUAUAUAGCGCUUACCAUAAAGCUCUAAGCGCUUUACAAUUAUUAAAAACAUGUAAACUAAGUAAAAUAAAAAUGAGAUACUAGGAUAGUAACUACUAUACUAUAGAAACAAUGAAAAUGGCUAUAAAACGAGGACACUUUGACACGUUUUGGCCUAUACUUCAGGAUCAACCCGAAACAGAAAAUGAGGCAGGGCAAAGAGGGUGCAUCACAGGUCAUAGGCGGACAACUUAGCAUUUAUUAUGUGACUGUUCUUACAGAACUUAAUCACAGUUCUUUAUCUUUACACCAGAUAUCUGCACAUGAUGGAAAGAGGCAAGGCCCUGCCAAAGUCUGAGUCCACAGUCUGAGGUUAACAUUCCAAGUCUUGCAUGCCACGUAUAGUCAAGUCUGAGGUUAACAUUC